AUGGAUUUGGAAACAGCACGUGCCAAUUAUCCAAACAGACUAGAGAGGUUAGAAGAAGAACGUCUUAUGGACAUGCCUUUCGAUGUUAGUGAACCUCAAGUUGAAGGACACGACGGCUUUGCCAGAUUCUACUGGAAACAUGACGAACAAUUGCAUCCUUUGAGAAGGAAAAAAGGAAAAGGUGAAGACGCACAUGCUCCCAUGGAAAGAACAAGAUAUGCAUAUGAAAAGUAUCGUGAAGUUAGAAGUCAAAUUACAUCUGGUCGAACCUUUACAGUAAACUUUGACGAAGGAAAGAACAAAGAAGGGUUCAUGGGAGUACUUGCUGCAAUUCAAGACGGAAAUAAGAAAGGACACAAUCUCAGAUUGACCAUAACAGAUUUGGAUGGUCACAUUUACUAUGCACAUAGCAAUGAACAAACAGCCGCAAAACUUCUUGACGCUUUCAAGACUACAAAGAGAGAACAAAUGGUUGACUCCGACUCAGACAUUUUGAAUGCAAUUGAAGGAAUUGCAAGUGUCAAGUUCGAAUGGUACCAACCUAACCCUCAAGCAGUCAGACAACAUGCUGGAUACUUCCCGUUCAUAAAUAAGUCUGACAUUGACUUGACAAGGUAUGGAAUUUACAAUUCAAUUGAAACAAUUGUCAAUGAACCUUGUAUUCUUACAUGUCUCAGGAACUCUGGUCUUGUUACAGAUGAGAAGAUGAAGUAUCUUGAGUCAUGUGUGAAGACAAGGUACAUUCUCAGAGGUCAAUUGGCAAAAAUUGCACCGUUGGCAAAUGUCAAUAUCCGAGUCAACAUACCUACAGCUAAAGGUUCUUCACAUGAUGACUAUGUUGUUGACAAAGACUUACCAUGGUUGAAGAUUGUAAUU